AUGUGGAGAUUGAAGAUCGCAGAAGGGGGUAAUGACCCUUAUUUGUACAGCACCAACAACUACAUAGGUCGGCAGAUAUGGGAGUUCGACCCAAACUAUGGCACCCCUGAAGAGCGAGCCGAGGUUGAAGAGGCUCGUCUUCAAUUCUGGAACAAUCGUUACCAGGUCAAACCUAGCAGUGAUCUCCUUUGGCGAAUGCAGUUCCUUAGAGAGAAGAAUUUCAAACAAACUAUUCCACAAGUGAAGGUUGAAGAUGGUGAGGAAAUUACUUAUGAAAUAGCCACAUCCACGCUGAGGAGGGCUGUCCACUUCUUUGCAGCCUUACAAGCCAGUGACGGUCAUUGGCCAGCCGAAAAUGCUGGCCCCUUGUUCUUCCUACCACCAUUGGUGAGUGAGUCUUCUCUCAAUUGUCAUGCUGUGUUGUACUUGUCGAUUUCAUUUCUCAUUUUAUCACCAUUGCAGAAUAACAGACACAUACAUUGA